AGUUUACACACGUUUGAGCAUGCAUCCAACCUAAAUACACCACAGUUGCAGAAAGUGUCAUUCUCAUAUUUGAUUCUUCUGAUAAAAUCACUUAAAAAAAAGCACUUCACAUUACUGCUAUCAUUCUUUUCUUUCAUCUUUUCACUUAAGAUUCCACGGCGGGAAAACGCUAUUUAUUUCAUGAAACAAUAAUAAUCCCUUCCGAAAAAAUUAACCGAAAAUAAAAAUAAAAAUAAAACAUAAACACACUCACACGAGUUUUCAUCUUCUUCUUCUCUCUCUCUCUCUGAAACACAAAACCCUAACAUUGUAAAAUUUCCCUUUCUUCUUCUUCUUCUUCUUCUUCUUCUUCUUCUUCUAUGGCAUUCCCUCCGGAUGAAAACGGCGGAGGAGUCGCCACCGAAGAAGAUACCACCAUUGACAUCCACACCACCCACGGAACCCCCAUUCGUUACCUCCCUCUCGAUCAUCUCUACUCCUCUACAUCCCCUUGCAGUGGCUCCUCCAACGUCAUGUCCAAAAAAGUUAAAGCUCGUAAACUCAACCUAACCGCAAACACAACCACAACCAACAACAACAGCGACGAUGAUAAUAACAUUAACUUCAAUGGCGAAAUCGAUUAUCCGAUUGAUGAUAAGAAAACCACGUCCACGUCUAUGGUGGUUUAUGCUAAACCUAAACCACCUCUUCUGUAUGUUUACUCUCGUAGGCGAAAGAGGAGUUCGAUUCCGGUGUCGUUUCGCGAUUCAUUGUUGCUGAGGCGGGAUGAGAUGGAUUCUGAGAGGACUGUGUUGAAGAGGAGGAAAAUUGGGAGUACUGAAUUGGAGAGAUUAGGGGUUGAUUGGAAUGCAUUGGGGAAACUUCAUGGACCGAGAUUGAGGGAAUGUCGUAAUCCAAUUGGGAGUUUUGGUAUUGACGGGAGUAAUAAUAAUAAUAAGUGUAGUUCUGUUGCUAAGCUUCCCAAGUUGACGCCCGAGUCUUACUCAUUGAAGAGAUGGGUCACGUUGAGUUUUGAUGGUGCCGAUCCCAAGGCUUUUGUUGGAUUAAAAUGCAAGGUUUACUGGCCCAUGGAUUCGAAAUCAUACACUGGUCAUGUCAAAAGUUAUGACAGGGAAGCUAAUAUACAUCAUAUCGAGUAUGAUGAUGGAGAUGAGGAAAAUUUAACUCUUUCAAAUGAAAAUAUAAAAUACCAUGUUUCUCGAAAAGACAUGGAACGCUUAAAAUUGAGUUACGCCAAAGUUCGUGACAGUAAUGUCUCUGAUUAUGAUGUUGAAGAGAUGCUCGCACUGGCUGCAAGCAUGGAUGAUUGCCAAGACUUUGAGCCAGGGGAUAUCAUAUGGGCCAAGCUUACAGGUUAUGCAAUGUGGCCUGCUGUUGUCUUGGAUGAAUCACUUGCUAGCAGCUGUAAGGGUUUAAAAACGUUCAUAGGGGGGAGAUCGGUUCCUGUCCAAUUUUUUGGCACCCAUGACUUUGCAAGAGUUCGACUGCAACAGGUGAAAUCAUUUCUCAAUGGACUUCUAACAGAUUUACACUCAAAGUGCAAGAAACAGAGUUUCAUUGAUGGUUUAGAAGAGGCAAAAAGGUAUUUAAGUGCACAGAAGCUUCCUUUGGAGAUGAUAGAACUGCGGAAAAGAUGUACAGCUGAUAACCAUAACAAUAUAAGGGGAGAGGAUGGAGGAUGUACAGAUUCUGGUGAAGACUGUGUAAAUGGCAGAGGGACUUGGGCAGCUCUUCAAAACAUUGAUACUUUUCCUUAUGAAGUGGGAGACUUGCAAAUUCUAAGCCUUGGAAAAAUAGUUGGAGAUUCCACUGCUUUUAGGGAUGGAAAAUCCAUCUGGCCCGAAGGAUACAUAGCAGUGCGGAAAUUCACAUCAGUUGCUGACCCUAAAGUAUCUGUCCCUUAUAAGAUGGAGGUUUUGAGAGAUCCAGAAUCAAGAGUCAGACCAUUAUUUAGAGUGACAGUUGAUGGUGGUGAGCAGUUCAAUGGUUAUACGCCAUCUACUUGCUGGAAUCAAAUAUACGAAAGGAUAAAGAAAUUGGAAAAGGUUGUUUCUGAAAGUUCCGCUGCUGAUGUUGAGGUAGAAAGUGGCUACAAAUCCGGCUCUGAUAUGUUUGGUUUUUCCAAUUCCAAAGUGGCUAAACUUAUUAAGGGAUUAUCUAAGUCCAAAGUCUCUUUGAAGAAAUCAAUUUGCAAGUCAGGUUCCGGAUUGCCUCUUGGUUAUAGACAAGUUCAUAUUAAUUGGUUUGAUCUCGAUAAGUGCAAUGUGUGCCAUAUGGACGAGGAGUACGAGACCAAUCUGUUUCUGCAGUGUGACAAAUGCCGAAUGAUGGUCCAUGCUAGAUGCUAUGGAGAACUGGAACCUGUAAAUGGAGUGCUAUGGUUAUGCAAAUUAUGUCGUUCGGGUGCUCCUCCCCCACCAUGUUGCUUAUGUCCACUCAUAGGUGGUGCAAUGAAGCCUACUACAGAUGGCCGGUGGGCUCAUUUGGCUUGUGCGAUGUGGAUACCUGAAACUUGCUUAGCUGAUGUCAAGAGAAUGGAGCCUAUUGAUGGUUUGAGUAGAAUCAGUAAGGACCGUUGGAAAUUGUUAUGCAGCAUAUGCGGUGUAUCUUAUGGUGCCUGCAUCCAAUGUUCAAACAAUUCUUGUCGAGUAGCGUAUCAUCCACUCUGUGCCCGUGCAGCUGGUCUUUGCGUUGAGCUUGAGAAUGAGGACAGGCUCUAUCUACUCUCCCUAGACGAUGAUGAGGAUCAGUGCAUUCGCUUACUUUCUUUUUGCAAGAGACAUAGGCAGCCAUCUCAUGAACAUUCUGUAGCCGAUGAACGCGUUCAGGUUAUUGGUCAAUGUUCAGAUUAUAAACCACCACCCAAUUCAUCUGGUUGUGCCCGAAGUGAGCCAUAUGAUUACUCUGGUCGGAGAGGCCGAAAAGAACCUGAAGUCCUUGCAGCUUCUUCGCUGAAACGUUUGUUUGUGGAGAAUCAACCAUAUUUAGUUGGUGGAUACUGCCAACAUGGAUUGUUGAACGACCUAGAGCCUUCUGGCAGAGGAGUUUGCUCUAAAUUCUUUUGUAGCGAGCAAAGGCUAAGAACGUCGGUGGUUGAUUCUGCAGACAACAUACUUAGUGUUCCUGAGAAAUAUAAGUACAUGAAGGAAACCUGCCGAAAGCAGUUGGCAUUUGGGAAAUCAAGAAUUCAUGGAUUUGGCAUCUUUGCAAAGCAUCCAUAUAAAGGUGGAGACAUGGUGAUUGAAUAUACCGGUGAACUUGUUAGACCUUCUAUUGCUGAUCGAAGAGAGCGUUUUAUAUACAAUUCUUUAGUGGGUGCUGGAACAUAUUUGUUUCGGGUUGAUGAUGCAAGAGUGAUUGAUGCCACCAGAGCAGGAAGCAUCGCUCAUUUAAUUAAUCAUUCCUGUGCACCAAAUUGCUAUUCAAGAGUCAUUAGUGUUAACGGUGACGAGCAUAUUAUAAUAUUUGCAAAGAGGGACAUUAACCAAUGGGAAGAGCUUACAUAUGAUUAUAGAUUUUUCUCAAUAGAUGAGCGGCUUGCUUGUUACUGUGGCUUCCCGAAGUGCCGAGGUGUAGUAAAUGAUACUGAGGCAGAAGAGCGAGCUGCUACCAUAUAUGCACCGCGAAGUGAAUUAGUAGAUUGGAAAGGAGAAUGAGAUUUUUAAUCCUAAUAUUAUGCCAUGGAUUAUUGAAGAUGGACCUUUGUCCAACAACUUCUGUCAUGGAUUCAACCAUUUUUCCGAAAGUCCGGCGUUGUCAAUAAGUCAUCUAAGUCUCUCCAUUAAUUCGUAACCCUGACUGAGUCGGUUAUGUUGGCUCAAGGUGGUUCCUCGGUAUUCUGGUUAUGGUAAUUGGAAAUAAAGCAUUUUUUUAUAAGUGAUUUCAUUAGAAAUUCAUUUCCUCAAUUAAGGCUUCUGUUUAGCGUCAACCAACUUGCUGAUAUGUUGUAACUUGCCAUUGAAUAGGUGCAUUUGAAGUUACAUCAAAACUUAAUGCGAAGAAAUUGAGAAUGUGAAUGUAUGUAAUGUAAUUGCUGAUUGUGUGCCUCUAGAAAUUUGAAAUGAUAAAUGUAUAUACAUAUAUACAACCAACAAGCAUGGAUAGUCAUUAAUGAAGCCAAUACUAUGUAUCCAUUAAAGGUCAAUACAUCUUACAUUUUGAGCUUGUAA